UGCCACCCCCCCAAGAUGCCCCUGUCCUGUUGGCUGAGAUCUGUGAGGGUCUUCUUGAUGCCAGCCCCUUGCUGGGUGCCCCAGGAAAGGUGCCUGGGUUCCCUGCGUCGGCCCUCCCUGGUGCGUGGGUGCCCAGUCCUGGGGGCCUGGCAUGGUGCCCGCUGCUGGUGCCAAGCGUGGACAGAGGAGCCUCGAUCAUUACACUCCUCUCUCAGAAUGAAUGGAGAUCAGAAGUUGGAUCUUUAUGAUCAAGAAAAGCAGAAUUUCCUCCAGCACUUCUCCCAGAUUGUCAAGGUGCUGACUGAGGAUGAGCUGGGGAACCCUGAGACUGGAGAUGCUAUCGCCCGGCUCAAGGAGGUCCUGGAGUACAAUGUCAUCGGCGGCAAGUACCAUCGAGGUCUGACAGUGCUCGUGGUGUUCCAGGAGCUUGUGGAGCCCAGGCAGCAGGAUGCUGAGAGUCUCCGGCGGGCCCUCACCGUGGGCUGGUGUAUAGAACUGCUCCAGGCUUUCUUCCUGGUGGCUGAUGACAUAAUGGACUCAUCCCUCACUCGUCGGGGCCAGCCUUGCUGGUAUAAGAAGCCAGGCAUAGGCUUGGAUGCCGUUAAUGAUGCCAUGCUUCUGGAAGCAUGUAUCUACCGCCUCCUGAAGAUCUACUGCCGGGACCAGCCCUACUAUUUGAACCUGUUGGAGCUCUUCCUGCAGACUUGCUAUCAAACUGAGCUUGGGCAGGCGCUGGACCUCAUCACAUCCCCUCCAGGCAACUUGGAUCUCAGCAGGUUCACUGAGAAGAGGUACAAAUCCAUUGUCAAGUACAAGACCGCUUUCUAUUCUUUCUACCUCCCUGUGGCUGCUGCCAUGUAUAUGGCGGGCAUCGAUGGGGAGAAGGAACACGCUAAUGCCAAGAAGAUACUGAUGGAGAUGGGCGAGUUCUUCCAGAUCCAGGAUGACUACCUUGACCUCUUUGGGGACCCCAGUGUGACAGGCAAGGUUGGCACUGACAUCCAGGACAACAAGUGCAGCUGGCUGGUGGUUCAGUGUUUGCAGCGGGCCUCACCAGAGCAGCGCCAGAUCAUACAGGAGAAUUAUGGGCAGAAGGAGGAAGAGAAGGUGGCCCGGGUGAAGAUGUUGUAUGAGGAGAUGGAUCUGCCCGCCGUCUUCACACAGUAUGAGGAAGACAGCUACUGCCGCCUGAUGAGCCUGGUUGAGCAGCAUGCUGCGCCCCUGCCACGGUCCAUCUUCCUUGGGUUUGUACAGAAAAUCUACAAGCGGAGAAAAUGACCUCAGAGCUGCCAGGUGUGGGGGGGGCGGCGUUUGCGCAAUAAACUUAUCUACCCUC